GGGGACUGUUCUUACACAGAUUUUUUUGUUUCUUGUUGUUUUAUAUUGUGGUUUAGACCAAGAUUUAGGAACGUGCUUAAAAACUUUCAGUUGUCUGUGGGAAAAAUAGUCUUAAUUUAUGUUGACCUUUCUUUCCUUGGAGCAUUUAGCCUGCAUUCAAUAAAAUUUUGAUGACUGCUCUUUAGCAGACAGCUGUACCAUAUAAAGUAUUAUAAAUAUUCAGCUUUCCCCUUCCAGUGUUGCCAUUAACAGCUGGGCAUCCAGUUCAGCAGAGCAGAUUUUGCAGAGAGAGCUUGGCAUGUUCCUGAAUCAGGAGAAGGAAGAAGGGAAGCAAAUAGUUUCUUAUGGUUUGGGGACCUGUAAAGACAUAGAGCAUCUGUUCCCCUGUUAAGUCAUAGUCUGGCAGCACUGAAUCAUGUUAAGAGCUAAAAUGAUGGGAAAAACUACUUUUUUCUCCUUGGCUGUACCUGUAUUUUAAAUGGCUUUAUGCAUUGUUUCAACUAAUGGCAAAAUCCUUUCAACCCUUGCUCACAAGAGUUAAGAGAGCAUUAAAGUUGGACACUGUCAAAAAAGAUAAUCCAUCUGAUGCAACACCUCAGAAGGUCAGAAAGAAAAAUCUGAAUUCUUACUCCCCAACAACAGGAACACGCCAGAUGAGUCCCUUUUCUUCCCCUGUGAGCCACAAGGAACAAAAUCCCAGGAACCCCCCAGCAAAAGGAGGUGGGAGAGAGCAGAGCAAUUCCCACACUGGAUUAUCCAGGAGAGGGCAGCCUCCAACAGAGCAGGAUGGGUUCCUGAAACUGCAGUCCCAAGUGAGAAGUUCAUUGGCCAGAAUUCUGAAAAUAAGAGCAAAUCUCACGAGCCUUCAGGCUUUGGAGGGCAGCAGAGAGCUGGAAAAUAUCCUCGGUGUCUCAGACUCCUCUCGUGCCCUGAGUGCUGAAGUGCAGAAAACCCAAACACUGCUGAGUCAAGCAGAAGAGCUGCAGCUGUUGGAAGCAAACCAUAGAAAACUCCCUGCCCCAGGGUACAUCCAGACUGUUGGGAGCACCGAGUUCCUGAACUCACUCCUGGAACAAAGCAAGGAGCCCCUGGGCCUGCUCCCUGCCCUCCCCAGCACCCAGGCACUGGCCCAGAGACCAGGAAUGUGACCAGGAUACAGGCAUUAUGUGAAAAAUGCAUUCCACAUCACCCCAAACUUCUACAUCUGCUGGACUGGACUUAAAAGGAGCGAAGAACUGAGUGUAAACCAAUCUCCCCCCAAUCCCGGUGCGGGAGCGUCGCUGCCCAGGCAGGUGCAGUCACAUAACAUUCCUGGCGUCCAUUUAAACUGAACAAUGUGCACAACCACAUCAUCCCCAUGGAAAUAAUCCACCGUGCUGGGAGCUGGGGCUGCUGCUGCCGCCUGGGAAAUCAACUGUAGGUUCUGCAGGUUCUUUUCUAACACGGGGUGGGCUCUAAAGCCAGAGGAAGCUUUGCAGUGCAAGGAAUUAUUCCGUGUUUCAGCUGUUGAGAAACACUUUUCCUGUUGGUGCUGCCACACUUGGGGAUGUUUGUCAUCCACAACCAGGUUUCCUCUAAACUCAACCCAAGCCAAGGCCUCAGCUUCAAACCCAGCACUAACACACAUGCUCUGGGAACAUUUGCUUUUUAGGUCUGGGAACAUUUGCUUUUUAGGUCAACAUUUUAGUUUAGUUUUGGUAUUUAAUGAUGUAAGAGCAGAGUUGUUUUAUAUAAACCAGCUGCUUCUCUUUUUUCCACCCCUCCAGCCUAGGGAAUCCCCAAUAUCCCAAAUCCUUUCAUUAGGUUGGAAGAGUGCAGUACAAUGAUCUAUACUUUCUUAAGUUCAACAUAAACACCCACUUGAAUGUCCUUUUUACUCCUGCAAAGUCCAGCUCCUCAAAUAAACUGAUUUUUAUGACUAAAACUCUGAGCACUAAAAUGAUGAACAUGUUCCACACGCUCAAGCUUUGGGAGUUUUUAGUUAAUAAAAAUGUUUUUGCACCUCACUACCUGUGCAGUCCAACUGGGAAAAACAUUAGUAACUGGUGGAAGGGAACUGGGACAGUUUUUCUCCCUUCCACACCAGUCUCUGUCAGGCUCUCAGAGCUGUGGGUUGUUGUUCUGUGUGUAAGGGGCACCAGCCCGUUGCUCUGUAGCAGGAGGGGAGGAUACUGAACCAGCGAGAGUUUAUGUAACCUGACUGUAACCUCUGGAGCUGGAAAUUAAAUAAUUAUUGAUCUGAGAAGAGCCUGGAACUGACUGUGCUGGUCUAAAUCAAGCUGUUAUGGGCAGUCUUGGGAGAACAUAAAACUUGUACAGGAAAUACCAGUGAAGGUGGUGAUGGGCAAUGAGUUACAGCAUAACUUACACCAUGGCAAUUACUAAAUCUGGUAUUUAGUCAUUUUUUAGGGAAAUAAAGCUGUACAUGAAGGCUGUGCUGCACAUGCCCCGCUCACAUGCCUCAGCUAUUUAGGCAGUUACUGUGGCUCUGACCUCCUGCUGUACCAGCUCUUGCCUCUGAAACAGCUGGGGCUGUUAAGAACCAUUUCCAGUUCCACACAAGGUGGAUCGGGUGACUCUCACUUUAUCACCCCCCGAGGCCACCUCAAGGACAAAGAAAAGGGAUACACUCAAAACUAAUGUUUGGCUAUGGGGGGAAGGACAGGCCUGGGCUCUUGCUGGACACACAGACCAGGCUCAUUAAACCCUGAACUGCUUCUGCUUCCCUCCACCUUCAUUUUCCUUGUCACCUUAGAGACCUCCAAGGCUGACAAACUUCAGGCAGCCUUUCCCCCAGCCCUACUGGGGGGGAGCAUGGAGGGUUUGGGAUUUCACAGCCUCUGGAGACAAAGAUUCCUAUUUUUGUGUCCUGAUACACAUCAAUGCCACCCAGCCUACACUUCCAAAAAGAAAGGCUGUGCUGUGAGUUGCAGUCACCCCCACAGAAAAUUCUGAAUACUUGUGAAAAUAUUGAAGUUUGUUGGUUUGUAAGAAUUUGCUGAACUGUGCUCACCCCCCAUAUCCUCAGAGUAACUCCAGAGCACCGUUUCUACUCUGUUGGAGCUGCCAGGAGCACAGUGUUGGCUCUGGGUACUUUUUCCACAACAAAUAAGGCUGGAAAAACUGCAUAAAUACACUCAGCUCGGAGCCACUCCAUUGACAGGGCUCAUAACUGACACAGUUGGAAGUUCCCAGAACAGCUGAUUCACACACUGACACUAAUGGCAGUGACAGGCUGGAAUGUGACAGCACAGCCAGGGCAGGGGGAAGCCUCUCAACAAGGAUGGGGGGGCUUAUUUUUAAUAUAUAUACAUACAUAGAUACAGAAGAAAAACAUAGACUGAUUUCUAAUUAAACCAUACAACCCUAAAUUGCUUUAUGAUUUAUUUUCUUCCUCCAUGCUUUGUUAUGUUUAUAAUUACUCAAUCAAUAUGCAUUCUCUGAAUUAUUGGCAGUGGAGGCUGUGCUGCACCCAGGGAGAAAUUGCAGAGUUGAGUUCAGUUUACAUCUGCAAAUUGCUGUGCAAGGAGGGGGGUUGUUGUGGGGUUUGGGGUUUUCUUUCCCCCUCAUACCUGGUUUCCAACUGCACAGCAGCACCUCAGCUUUUACUGCAGGAGAACCAAGAGGGUUUGGCUUUUCAGUCCUGUUGAAGAGAGAGCAGUUGAGUCCUAAGACUGCAGAGGUGUUAAAACCACUUAAAGCAGAGCUGCUGACCAACAGUGAAGGAAGAAAUGUCACAGUGGAGGAAAGUUUGUGUCACAAAACAAUUCAG